AUGUUCAAGAUCCUGCUUGUCUGCUCUCUUGCCGCCCUCGUGGCCGCUAACGCCAAUGUUGAGGUUAAGGAGCUGGUCAACGAUGUCCAGGCCGACGGCUUCGUCAGCAAGUUAGUCCUCGACGACGGAUCUGCCUCCUCGGCCAGCGGUGAUAUCCAUGGGAACAUCGACGGAGUCUUCGAGUGGAUCUCCCCCGAGGGUGUCCAUGUCCGUGUGAGCUACAAGGCUGAUGAGAACGGAUACCAGCCCCAGAGCGACCUCCUGCCCACUCCCCCACCAAUCCCAGCUGCCAUCCUCAAGGCCAUCGCCUACAUCCAGGCUAACCCCAGCAAGAACUAA